GAGCCGCGUCUGUGCUCGAGCGAGACCCGGGAAGAAGCGAAGAAGAGGACCGCUCCGCGAGCCCGAAGACCGUCGAACAUGUCGAUAUUCACGCCGACUAACCAGAUCAGGUUAACUAAUGUCGCCGUCGUCAGGAUGAAGAAAGGAGGGAAGAGGUUUGAAAUAGCGUGCUACAAGAACAAAGUGAUGAGCUGGAGAUCCGGAGCGGAGAAGGAUCUCGACGAAGUCCUGCAAACAAACACCGUGUUUGUCAACGUGUCCAAGGGUCAAGUGGCGAAAAAAGAAGACCUGUCCAACGCUUUCGGCACAGACGAUCUGACAGAAAUAUGCAAGCAGGUUUUAGCUAAAGGAGAGCUGCAGGUGUCGGACAAGGAGCGGCAGAGUCAGCUGGAGCAGAUGUUUCGCGACAUCGCCACCAUCGUGGCGGAGAAGUGCGUGAACCCCGAGACCAAACGGCCCUACACCGUGAGCCUGAUCGAGAGAGCCAUGAAGGACGUGCACUUCUCCGUCAAGGCCAACAAAAGCACGAAGCAGCAGGCUCUGGAGGUCAUCAAGCAGCUGAAGGAGUCCAUCCAGAUCCAGAGAGCUCACAUGCGGCUGCGCUUCGUCCUGCCGGCCAGAGAUGGGAAGAGACUGAAGGAGAAGCUCAGGCCGUUGAUGAAGGCCGUAGAGAACGAGGACUUCGACGAGCAGCUGGAGAUGGUGUGUUUGAUAGAUCCCGGAUGUUUCCGAGAGAUAGAUGAGCUGAUCCGCUGCGAGACUAAAGGGAAGGGAACGCUGGAGGUGCUCAGUCUCAAAGACGUGGAGGAAGGAGACGAGAAACUAGAGUGACGUCUUCAAACUCGUUUUAAAGCAUGGCCUACAUAUUAUACUCACUUGAACGGGCUUCAAUGACCAUACUAAAUAUGAUUAAAAAUAUAUAUAUUUAUGCUCAGUUGCAGUAAUUUAUUUUCUGUGAAAAUGAAAUUAACUUUGUUCAAAAAUAAUAAAAUAAAUUCUGUAAGAGUGCACUGUUUGCCACAA